AUGUUGUAUCAAAUUCAUAUUUCCAUAUUACUUUCUCUCAUUGCAUCCACCUCCGCUUAUUGGAUACAGUUUAAUGACGAGUCCAGAUGCGCCAGUAAAGAAACUCAGCGCUCAUGGAGCGGAUCAACAAGUCGAGGAUUUCAGGCACGCUUCUCCAAAAUAGCCAGUUCGGCAUUCGUCAUGAAUACUGGGACAUCGGACGAUAAUAUAGUGGUUGCUUUUAUUCUUCGCAAGACUGUAAUCCCGAAAGUGCCAUUGCACGAGUCGAAAAUGGAUGUGUUGGAAUUGAAAACGAAAAUCUUGGAACCAAAUAUCAGUCAUUCAAUGUUAUUCGAACCUUUGAUUCGGCGAGGAUUACGCCGGUUUCGAAGAAUGAGUUUGGGUAUCAGCAUGGUGGAAUAA